AUGCGUUCCUUCAAUUACCUUUUCUUCAUCGGAAAUGUUGUGACAGGCAGUUAUUUGGCUAUCAUUCAGGACACUGGUGGCGAGAACAACUGUAGAGUGUGGUCUCAGAAUAACCACGGCUGUACCGGCUACUCAGCAACCUUUGCUAAGCUGAAAGGCAAAGAUUGUUCGAGUUUCACUGGUGCCGGUUCCGACGAUAAGUCGGUGAAAAUUGAUAUAUGUGGCACUGAAAAUGGAGAGCAGGUCGCCUGGGUGACAGUGAACAAAAACGGCACCGUGGCUUUCCACAACCGAGAGGGAGAUACUUCUAGUUGUACGCUAGAAAACGGUCUUAAGGUGCCCAGUGGAUGUAGCAUCGGUAAAACAGUUUCCUCUCAGACGACCACGCCGAUCUUUACGGGCAGUCAGACCUCGUUCUCAACUACAAUCGACAUGUCCGCUUCUGAAACAGCCCGUGCUGAUCUAUCCCCUACUCCGAUAUUCACCUCGACGCCUACAAACAGUCAAUCUUUGGCUUCAACUUCAGCCAGUAACUCGGCUACUGAGACGCCCCUUGCAGAUCAAUCACCAACUCCGAUAUUCACCUCGACGCCUACAAACAGUCAAUCUUUGGCUUCAACUUCAGCCAGUAACUCGGCUACUGAGACGCCUCUUGCAGAUCAAUCUCCAACUCUCACGCCUACCCCGGCAUGCACAUGCACUUGCAAAGCUGCCGUCGUCUGA